UCAAACAAAGAUGGCCUCGGACGAUGGCUUAACCCAGACCCAAACAAAUGUUUUACCCAGAGCACAACAAGAUGCUGAGAGUAAUGGGGUAUCGCCAGAGCAGCCGGAGAACGAGGAGGAUGUGGCCACCAGGCUUCCUGUCGACAUGUACUACCAGUACGAUGAACUCUACUCCAAACCCUUUGCAACGCCAGACUCAGACAUUCCUGAGAAUCUACUAAACCUCUCUCACUCGUUCGGAUAUGACUGUGGACGCAGAGCCAACCUACAGCUGCUGGACGAGAGCACCCUGGCCUUCAUCGCGGGGAACGUCCUGGUUAUGCUGGACAUUUCCACUAAGCAGCAGCACUACCUUCGCUCGUGUAGCGGCGGAGGGAUCGGCGCCAUCAUGUCCCACCCCAGCAAAGAAUACUUUGCUGUGGCGGAGAAGGGCCACCAGCCUUUCAUCGUGGUCUACGAAUAUCCCUCACUACAGCCCUACCGCAUCCUGCGAGGUGGUACCGCGCUAGCGUACAGUUACGUGGAUUUCAGCCCCGACGGCUCCCUGCUGGCCAGUAUGGGCAGUGCGCCCGACUACAUGCUGACCCUUUGGGACUGGAAACAUGAGCAGGUGGUGUUGCGCUGCAAGGCCUUCUCCCAGGAGGUCUACAGAGUGACCUUCUCGCCAGAAAACCCAGCACAUAUGACCACCUCAGGAUCUGGACACAUCAAAUUUUGGAAAAUGGCCAGCACGUUUACCGGCCUCAAGCUGCAAGGGCUUCUGGGAAUGUUUGGGAAGACAUCCCUCACUGACAUUGAAUGCUAUGUGGAACUACCUGAUGGAAAGGUGGUGUCGGGCUCAAAGUGGGGCAACAUGCUGGUGUGGGACGGGGGUCUGAUCAAGGUGGAGGUCUGUCGCAAGAAUAAGAAAACCUGCCACGCAGGGACCAUCCAGCAGUUUUCCCUGGACAAGGGCGAGCUCAUGUCCAUAGGAGCGGAUGGAGCUAUCAGGACGUGGGACUUUGAGAUCCUCAACACCGCCAACGCAAGCAACGACAGCGGCCUGUUUGAGAUGGAGCCCAUGAACGAGCUCCGGAUGGGGGGCAACGCCAGCCUCUGCUCCCUGGUCAAGAGCUCUGUGCCAGAAUCUUCCAUCUGGUUUGCACAGGACUCUAAUGGGGGAGUUUGGAGACUGGAUCUCUCCUUCUCCAAUAUUUCUGAGGAGCCCACGUGUCUGUUUACCUGUCAUGCUGGGGUCAUCCAGGGAAUGGAUGUCUCCAGGGCAAGUCACCUGAUGGCCACUACCGCUCUGGACUGCUCCGUCAAGGUUUUUGACUUUUUGUCCAAAACUGAACUGACCUGCAGCCAAUUCAAACAAGGCGGGACUGCACUCAUCUGGGCUCCAUCUUUGGUGAACGAGAAAGGCGGCUUGCUGGUGACGGGCUUCCAGGAUGGGGUUGUGCGGCUGCUGGAGCUGUUAGACCCCCAGGGGGCGCGCGCACUGGCGGGCAGCGGGGACGCCGAGCUACGCCUCAAACAGGCCCUGAAGCCCCACAAUGCACCUGUGACCGCCAUCGCGUACGAGCGCAACGGGGAGGUGCUGGCCACGGGGAGCGCCGAAGGCACUGUGUUCUUCUUCGCCGUCGGGGAGGAGUACAAGCCCAUUGGUCUCAUCAAUGUCCCGGGACCGGUCCAGGGACUGGAGUGGUCCCCGUACUCUGACUGCAAGAGUACUCUCCUGGUGUUCUGUCGAAGUGGCCAUGUGGUGGAGGUGCAGCCUCCAGAGCCAGUGGACCAGAACACCGCUAAGACGUACCGGCUGUCUGGGCUGCCCACCAGAACCUUCCACUUCAGGAGCAUCAGGUCUCGCAUUAAGAGGGAAGAAGAAGUGGCCCGUCGCCGAGUUAUUAAGGAGGCGAGGAGGAUCAAGAGCGAGGAGCGGCGGAGGAAGGCGAAGGAGCAGGGCCUGGAGCCCACCGAGGAGGAGCUGCAGGAGGAGGAGGACGACGAAGGCGACCUACCUUCUAUCUUCAUCCCUGAACCCCCUAGUCCUCUGUUCUGCGGCUUCCGCUCUGAGCCCGGCAUGUUCUGGUUGUCCAUGGGGGGCUACGACUCGGGCUUCCUGUACCACUGCAGGUUCUCUGAGGAGGACCAAGACCGGGACCCCAAGGGGGAGCCCCAGGACGAGCCCUUCGCAUUCCUGGCGGUCCACAAUGCAGACGGCGACCCCAUCCACACCGUGUCCUUCAGCGAAGACCAGCAGCUGAUGCUGUGUGGGAUGCACUCGGGGGUCCUGCGGGCGUACCCGCUGGGCCCCGCGGACCAGCGGAGCCUGUCCUCCCUGGGGGCCUACUGGGCCCUCAGUCUCCACGACAACCAGUACGGCCACCUGCGGCACGCCCGCUUCAGCCACGACGGCCGCUUCGUGCUGACGGCGGGCGAGGACGGCAACAUCUUCUCCCUCAGCGUGCCCCUCCCCCGGGAGCACAGCCCGCCCGGGAGAGAGAGUCCCAGGGCCAAAGUGCCCUCGCCCAGGGAGAGGCAGAUGCGCGAUGCGAUGGCGAGGGAGACGGAGGAGCGGGUGGCGGCCACCAGGAGAGAGCUGGCCUGGGAGCAGGAGCGCAACACCAUCGCCCUGGAGAAACUGCAGCAACGGUUCCGGGACGCGGUGUCGUGGGACACCAUAACGGUGUCAGCCGUGGACAGCGAGGACCGUGUCAGCACAUACCGCCUGCCGGCCCAGGUUGAGGUCAGAGGGCACGGGGCCUCUGGCGCCGGGGGCCAGGGACGGCCCGGGACAGCCCGGCACGCAGGGCCGCCGGGGGUCCAGGAUGGAGCCGGGAAAGACGGCGGCAGGAAAGACGCGGCCGGGGAGAGACAGCACGCCUCCCACCUCUCAACGGGGACGCCUGGGGGCCCCAAGGUGGCCGGCAUGCAGGCAGAGAGGCUCCAGCGUGCGGCCGAGAAGGCUGAGCGAGCCCAGGCGCAGAUCGACACCUGGAAGAAGAAGUGGGCCGAACUUUAUGCCGCCAAGCCGGAUGAGAACUGCGAGGACCCUGCCGACGUGCUGGCCAUCCAGCAGGCCAUAGAGAACAUGGGAGACUUCAAACUGAAGACGGACAAGGACUACAGCGUGCCGGAGCACCUGAGGACCAGCGCCGAUAAGAAGAGGGCCGAUCUGGUGACGCUGGAAGGCCAGGUCUACGCCAAGAAGACGGAGAUGAACGCUCGCGUCGCGGCUCUGCAGGAGGCCAAGGUGCGCCUGGUGUCCCGACAGCGCCGCUGUUCCCGGCGGCUACAGCGGGUCGGGCAGCAGCUGCCGCCGCACCUGGUCCUCCCCGCGCCGGCCCCGCUGGUCCUGCGCCCGGAGGAGGUGCCGGAGAGACGGCUGCAGUACAGCCGCGCCACCCUGGAGCGCUACGCAGCCCUGCGAGCUGACGGGCCCACCAAUCAGACACAGGAAGGGAAAGGUCCGACCCUUCUAGAACAGCUGGAGCAAGAGAUGCUGGGAGCAGAGGAGGACGAAGAGGAGGACGAAGCUGAGGAAGAGGAUGGAACUCCCUACUCGGCAGUAAAGAGCAACGAUAUUCCAAUGCCAUCGGCUACGCCUGCCGCAACGGAGCUUGAGAAGGAGUUGAGGAUGGAGCAGGAGAUCCGGUUGACGUACGCGCAAGACUGCCUUCUGGAGCAGAUGGCGGAGGCCAGGGCCGGGUUCGACGGCGAGCUGCGCCUGCUGCGCCACCAGAAGCUGGAGCUGGACUGCCAGGGUGAAGCGGCCGACCUGCAGCACGUCACGCUCUUCCAGGAGCUGCUGCUGCUGCAGGACUUUGAGGACAGCCAGAGCCCGCUGCAGGGGAGGCUGCAGGCGCACAGGGACGACCAGAGGGGCGUCAUGGACCAACUGGAUGGGUGUGGGGAGCAGCUGGAAGCCAAGCGGGAUGACAUUGGAAAGUUGCAGGAGAGCGACCAGGCGAUGAUGGCCGCCCUCCAAGUCUCGGUGGGAAAGAACCACCCGUUUUCAGAUUUCCUCACUCGAGUCUUUAAGAAGAAGAUCAAGCGCGUCAAAGCCAAGGAACCGGGUGAAGAGGAAGAGGAGGAGAUGGACAGUGAGGAGGAGGAGGAUGAAGACUCUGAUGAAGACGACAGCGUUUCCAACGACGGCGAGGCUCUGGACGACAGCGUCUGUCCUCCCAACUGUGAGCUGGAGCUCUUUGAGAUGGUGAUCCAGAUGAGGGAGCAGCGUCUGGACCUGGAGGACCAUCUGGCCGAGGAAAAGGCUGCGGCAGAGAGCCUGAAGAAGGAGUACGACUCUCUAGCCAAGAAGUUGAAGGUGGUGCAGGCCAGUGUGAAGGCGGCUGAGGAGCAGCUGGAGAUGCUGAGCAGGGAGCUGCAGCAGAGGCUCAACCAGCUGUACGUGGUGGUCCCUCUCAGACUGCACCAGAUUGAGUUUGUGCGUGGCGGCGCGGUGCCGUCGGACCUGUCACAGGCGGUGGUGGUGGGCCGGGGCGUGGUGCCGGGCCUCCAGACGCGGGUCCAGGGGCUGCAGACAGAGAAGCAGCAGCAGCGGGAGCAGUACCGCCUGGCCCGCCAGCAGAACGUCCUGCUGCUGCGCCACAGGGCCCACAUGGAGGCCCAGCUCCUCGAGGCAGAGCAGCGCUGCACCCUGAAGCAGAUGCAGAAGCUGGGCCGGCUGGUGGACGUGGAGGCCCUGCCCAGCCUGGUGGCCAACAUGAACCUCCAGCAGGAGAAGAGCCGCCUGGACACCCAGCUCAGAGAGGCCGCCCGCGCCAAGGAGGCCAAGCACUGGGAGGCUAAGCUGGACAAGGCUCAACAGGCCUUGAUGGAAGUGACCCGGGCUCACACUGAACGCCUGGUGAAAAAGAACACCCUUAUUUGCGGGAAGAGGAAACUGGAGGAACUGAUGAAAGUCAGGCAGAAGAAAAAGAGGGGGUGGUUUGACGGCCAGCGGCUGCGGGAGGACCUGGGGAGGCUGCGGCGGCUGGUGCGGACCCAGCGGGAGGAAGCGCAGGUCAUCAAGAGGGAGAUCCACAUCCUGUCCCGCAAGGGGGGCCCCGUGCUGCCCCCCCAGCAGCUGACGCCCCGACCACAUCCGGCGGGGCUGCUGCCUCCUCUGCCCCUCCAAGGCGGCUUCGUCGGAAACGUCAGCCCCAAAAUGUGGCGAACCAACCGGCGUGCGGCCCGCAGGACGGAUGAGGGCCCGUCGCCUGGCAACCAGUCAGGGGUGAUGUGAAGAGUGGACGGAAACUCAAAUACACCAAGCACACAACGUCAAACGUUGAAAGAGGCUAAGGUCAACUCUGUCACCUGGUUGAAUCACUAUUGAGCGUGGAAAUGCUUUUUUUUAGAUGUAGUAAAAUAAAUGUUUGCUCAACCAGCCUGUCUCUGUGGUGAUACGACCUGUGGGAUCACCCGGUUCACUGGGGAAAUAAGCAUGACAAGGUCAUGGUCUCUGUGUGUCCAAUCCAUGCAUGUUUGUGUGAAACAAUGAUCUACUUGGCAGUGCACUAAGUGUUUUACCUAACUUUUGGUUGAUUCUGUGAUGGGGGAGGGAGUGUGUGUAAGUUGGCUUUGAGUUUGGGAUCUUGACGUCGGCUAGAUCUGUCUUUUUACGAAUAUGACUUGUGCUAUCCAAUCCCGCCAGAACACAUCUAUUGUCCAUUUUGGCGCUUUUUGUGGUUGCAUACACCCAAGUUAGACUGGGUCAUAAUCUGUUAGAGUCUCAGCGUAGUGAAGACACAAUCAGGCCAUGAUCAGAUCAGAAACCCAACUGCUUAAUUAAAACCACGCCUCAUGCCCAGAACAGAAUAACAUGCCUCUCAGGUUACAUAUUAUACUAACAAUGAAAGUGCAUUGUGUAGGAUUUACCCCUCCCAUUCCAACGACGUAUGAGAAGCUGCGGUGGCCUGUACCGGUCUGUUAAGUGCCAGUAGGUACUUCUAAAAAUGACGUCAUUGUCUACGACAGCAUCAAGUAUCCAAGAGUCAAGCGAUGACGUUAAAUUCUAAUUUUGCAUUUAGUUGUUUAGUCUGUACAACUUUUGGUCAAAGAUUCCAAGUCAAAUGCUAAUUAUGUCAACAGACAUCAAUAUUCAGAAGAAACUAUUGAAGUGGUUUCCUAGCUUCACUGAAGUAUGGCAUGUGAUGUAUGAAGUGUGAGCUUCACUGCAGUGGGUGGAUGGAUGGGAUAGUGGAUAGAAAACGACAUUGGCUCUAUUUUCAAGUUACACUAAAUUAUCAAUAAAAUUAUAUUUUCAAUGCAAUAGUAUGUGGGUCUAA